AUGAGGAUCAAACGGCUUUGUGGGAUACUACGUUGCAGGAGUCGAACAAUAAGCACUGGAUGGAUGGCCCACUCAGUUUGCCGGAGGAGGUUCGGUGUUUGGCAGAGUUCUGGAACAAAGAUCAAGCUCAGGCCGAUUGAUGAUUAUUCUGAAAAUCGCGUCAAUGGUGCGUUUGCAUACUCCGACAAGCUGGAGCUGAAGGCACUUGACCAGAUAAUUUGGAUGGCAGCGGCAAUUACGAGAUCUUGCCGGUGUGGCACAGCAUCCUUUGUGCUAUCAACGGGUGAGAAGCUGGAGGCGCCCGUUUCAAGGACCCUUCUGGAGGACGAGCUGUGGGAUCCUGUUGCAACUGUGCUGGACCUUUCUUCUGCAUACAAGCAAUUUGCAAUACACCCUAAUGACAGGAGGUAUUCCAUCAUUUGCAUGACGAUGCCGAGUACAAAGGAGGUACGCUGCUUCGAGGGGAGGGUUUUGCCCUUCGGCGCCACUGCGAGCGUGGUACACUUCAACCGGAUCUCCAGGUUGAUUCACCGCAUUGGACUGGAGCUGCUACUUCCCUGGGGAUGCUACUUUGACGACUUCCCUUUGCUGUCGGUCCAUGGGAUUGCAGGGAAUACACAUGACUGUGCGACUAUGCUGAUGCGGCUCCUUGGGUUCAGUUUUUCACAAGAGAAGCUCAAGCCCUUUUCCAAAAAGGCUGUCGUGCUAGGGGUAGAAAUUGACCUGGAGGAUGUUCGGGACAGAGGAGUCUUAGUUCGCAACAAACCUGGCCGUCUUGAAGAAGUGGAAGGUGUUGCUGCCAAGCUCCUGGAAGGUGACCAGAUCUCGAAUGCGGACUGCAGCAAACUCUUGGGUCGUUUGCAGUAUGCUGAGGGGCAGGUCAUGGGUCGUGUUGGGAAGCUGGCCAUGGCCGAGUUGCGUGAAACGUUCAAGGGGUGCCAACGCUUGAUCGCUCUCAGCAAAUCUGCAAAGGAGUCUUUUAGAGGACUCUUGAAUAGACUGAUGAGUGGUGAUCCUCGACAGGUACCAUGUUCGCCGCCCACUAUGCCAAUUGUGGUGUACACUGAUGGUGCAAGUGAUGAGGGCAUUCAUGCUGUGGGAGGUCUCAUCUUUGCUCCAUUUUUAGACCGUCCCCGUUUCUUUUCUGUACAUGUGCCACGGAAACUGACGGACCAUUGGCUGGAGACGAUGAAGCACAUCAUUGGUCCAGUUGAGCUGUAUGCCGUUGUUGCAGCACGUUACAUUUGGAGACACAUACUUGUCAAGGCCAAAGUCAUUUGGUACAUUGACAGCUUUGUUGCAAUGGAUGCUUGCAUAAAGGGUGUGUCGUCGAACGAAAAGAUGAGGCGUUUGCUCUUGGCAUGGGAAGAAGCGGAAGCCUUGGGUCAUGUGUGGUCUUGGUUCACUCGUGUUCCUUCGAAAUCCAACCCGGCUGAUGAGCCUUCCCGAGGGUGUCUUGAUGGCCUGAUUGCAAAGCUUGGCGCAGAACGUGACACGGGUUCUUGCCCGCUUGGUGGUACUCCUUUGCAGCCACUUGACACUUUGUAA